AAAUGGUGGAAUUCCAGAAAAUAGUGAGCAGCUUAAUUGAACUUGUUGAUCAACUGGCAAAAGCUACGGAGAGUGAGAAGAUGAAGGCCAUCGGUGCACGGAAUUUGCUCAAGUCCAUGGCAAAGCAAAGAGAAGCUCAGGAACAGCAGCUUCAGGCUUUAAUAGCUGAGAAGAAGAUGCAGUUGGAGAGAUACCGAAUAGAAUACGAGACUCUGUGUAAAAUUGAAGCAGACCAGAACGAAUUCAUUGACCAAUUCAUUUUUCAAAAAUAGAGGAUUUUAAGAUAAAAAAAACUAACUUGGAAACUUGACCAUUCCAGAAUCUCAAGAAUUUUUAAAAUAUGCAAUUUUUCACUGUGUAUGAACGAAGAGAUGGGUUGUACACAUGGAAGGGUCUUUUAAUUCAGUGUGAUUUACACUAAGCGUGGCAAUAAGGAGGGCUUUCCAACUGCUGUAAAGACUGUUCUGGCCUUUGAUUUUAUAGAAGUUUUGUACAGUCAGUAGUUUUAACUCAAACUGCAGUUGAAUUAAUACUACUGUUGCUAUGUUAUGUCUCUCACUUUUUGCAGUGUACAGCUCUUUCAGAGAAAUCGGGUAAUAAAUUCUUGUUUUCAGACUU